CCAAGUUCAGAACUUUUUCAAUACGCGUUUCAUAGACGCACAGAGAUGGGAACGGCUUGAACACAGUUGAGAGCCUGUAUAUCGCCAGUGUUGUUGCGCUUUUGUCAUUUUUUUCAAAGUGAGCGGUCAGGAGCUGUGAUUUUCUCUCAAGGAAGGAGAAGCGGAGUUCUCCGGCUGCGUAUUUUGGAGCUUUAUUUUCGCCGGAUCAAAGUGAAGACAUGCAGGCUCGCUACUCCGUUUCCAGUCCCAACUCAUUGGGCGUCGUGCCUUACAUCAGCAGCGACCCAAGCUACUACCGGGCUGCUGCAGGUGGUGGAUACACCGGGAUGCCAGCACCCAUGAACAUGUACUCUCAUGGGGCCCACGACCAGUACCCAGCGAGCAUGGCCCGGGCUUAUGGACCAUACACCCCCCAACCUCAGCCCAAGGAUAUGGUCAAACCUCCGUACAGUUACAUUGCGCUCAUUACUAUGGCUAUCCAAAACUCGCCUGACAAGAAGGUGACCCUGAAUGGGAUUUACCAGUUUAUCAUGGAAAGGUUCCCAUUCUACCGAGACAACAAGCAGGGCUGGCAGAACAGCAUCAGACAUAAUCUGUCUCUGAACGAGUGUUUUGUCAAGGUGCCCCGUGAUGAUAAAAAACCCGGCAAGGGCAGCUACUGGACCCUAGACCCGGACUCUUACAACAUGUUUGAAAACGGGAGCUUCUUGAGAAGGAGACGGCGAUUCAAAAAGAAGGACGCGUUGAAAGAGAAAGAAGAUCGGUUGCAGAAGGAGGCGCCGUCGAGGCAGCAGCAGGGCCGGGAGCAGGAGCAGCCGGUGCAGGGCUCCCAGCCUGUGAGGAUCCAGGAUAUUAAGACCGAGAACGGGACGGUGACGCCGCCGCAGGCCGACUCUCCCUCCUUGAACACGGUGCCCAAAAUAGAGAGCCCGGACAGCAGCAGCAUGUCCAGCGGGAGCCCCCACAGCAUCCCGUCCAAUAGGUCCAUCGGCAUGGACAGCUCCGAGCACCACCACCACCACGGCCAGGCCUCGACGCAGGGCUUCAGCGUGGACAAUAUCAUGACCUCUCUCCGGGGGUCCCCUCAAGGGGCCACCGAGCUGGCCCCCAGCCUUAUCACCUCCACCAGGACAGGUAUAACACCCUCUUUGUCCUUAAACUACUCUCCGAAUCAGACGUCGGUGUAUAGUUCUCCCUGUAACCAAAACUCUAUCUCCACUACCUCCAAUGCAACCUAUCAUUGUAACAUGCAAGCCAUGAGUUUGUACGCCGGGGAUAGAUCUAGCCAUCUAGCGCCCAGUACCACCGUGGAUGACACGUUGCCAGAUUACUCAGUCACUACCACCUCAUCCUCUCUGACCCACGGUAAUCUAAACUCGGGGCAGGAGGGCCACCAUCCCCACCAAGGCAGGCUAACCUCAUGGUACCUCAACCAGGCCGGAGACCUGGGCCAUCUGGGCGCAGCCUACCCACAGCAGCAGAACUUCGUCCGAGAGGUCUUUGAUUCCCAAAGAAUCGGCUUGAAUAAUUCACCAGUUAAUGGGAAUAACAGCUGUCAGAUGUCAUUCCCACCGAGCCAAUCCAUCUAUCGCACUUCGGGAGCGUUCAUAUAUGACUGCAGCAAGUUCUGACCAAAAUAGGCUACGUUUUCACGGUGUUUUGACUCUCCCAGUAAAAUCCAGCGACCCCCUCCCAUCCUAUUCACCUGCCCCUAUGGACUAAUAUGAGACAGAAUGCUCAAACAAAAAGACAGAAAGACUUGAUCUUGGUUUAUAAAGAACAGUGUUACUGCAAAUAACACGUAAGUCUCUCUUUGCUUUUGUGACUUUAUGUGAUAUGUUAAGGAUAUGUCAGUUUUCAUGGACAUAUUACCUGUAAAUUGCAUAUAGUAAUUUAUUUCUAAACUGUAGCCGGAUAUUAUGGACCAAACACCAAAAAAGUGUUUCUAAAUUGAAUUGCCUUAAUUGUCCGAAAAUGUUCCACUAUAAAGGUAAAAAAGGAACGUGUAUAU